AUUGAUUGAAGUGAUGUACACAAACGAAUCAAAAAACUUCGAGAAAUGGGCGCUAACAGUUGCAAACCGUGCAGAAAAAAGAAAACGAUAUUAUCGGGGGGUUCCAUACUUGAUAGAGUAAUCAGUCAGGCUUCAAACCAGGACCAGUGUUUGUUAUAUAAAUUAGCUAAUUAUAAGAAAGGUGGUGAACUUGUGGAUGCUUACAAUCAAGGAGGACAGGCGGAAGUAGAAAAACUGAUCCGUGACCAGUUUGGCCAACUUAUGUACCAAGAAGGAAAGGGCCAAAUAAUAAACAGAUCUGAAUAUCUCCGAUGGAAAUUUCGGGACCACGAACAAGUCGUUCUUCCCAUAGAAGCAUCACUCAGUCGGUAUGAUCCUCUUGGUAAAUGGACAGACCAUGAAGCGUGUUGGCAAAUGCAAUAUCGCGGAUCACUAGGGGAGACUUUACUUCAUGUUUUGAUCAUUUGCGACACCAAAAUACACACAAGGCUAGCUAGAACACUCAUCAAAUGUUUUCCAAAACUUGCAUUGGAUGUUGUUGAAGGUGAAGAAUAUUUAGGAGCGAGUGCUCUACAUCUGGCUAUAGCCUAUAAUAAUAACGAACUAGUGCAAGAUUUGGUUGAAGCAGAGGCCAACGUUAAUCAAAGAGCAAUAGGUAGCUUUUUCCUCCCAAGGGACCAACAAAAACCUCGUCCAGCAAGACAUACAGACUAUGAAGGCCUAGCAUAUUUAGGGGAAUACCCUUUGGCCUGGGCGGCUUGUUGCGCUAAUGAAAGUGUAUAUAACUUAUUGCUCGACAGUGGGGCCCAUCCAGACUUUCAAGAUAAUUUUGGAAACAUGAUUUUACAUAUGGUCGUCGUCUGUGAUAAACUAGAUAUGUUUGGAUAUGCUCUAAGGCAUCCAAAACUACCAGCUAGUAAUGGUAUCGUCAAUAAGGCUGGACUGACACCUCUAACGCUGGCUUGUAAAUUAGGACGUGCCGAAGUGUUUAGGGAAAUGUUAGAAUUAUCGGCUAAGGAAUUUUGGCGUUACAGUAACAUAACUUGUUCAGCUUACACACUGAAUGCUUUGGAUACAUUACUGCCAGAUGGCAGUACAAAUUGGAACUCUGCACUUUUUAUUAUUUUAAAUGGAACUAAAGAAGAACAUUUAGAUAUGUUAGACGGUGGUAUAAUUCAAAGACUUCUGGAGGAGAAAUGGAAAACAUUUGCGAGGAAUCAGUUUUUGAAAAGACUCCUUAUUCUAGUCGUCCAUUUGAUUUUCUUGUCUUUGGCGGUGUACUUGAGGCCUGAUGAUCCUGAUGUUCUUUUGCUGGAGUGGACAGAUGAUCCAACAACCAUUGCUAGAUACUGUUGUGAAGUGGGCACUAUUUUGGGUGUACUGAGCUACGUAAUUUUCCAACAAGGAGAUGAAAUAAGAAACCAAGGCCUUUGGACAUUUUUGAAACAACAAUCAAAUUCUCCACCAAAAACGAUAUUUUUGAUAUCCAACCUCCUCAUAUUAGCAUGCAUACCUUUUAGAUUACUUCAUGACAGGAAUACAGAAGAAGCAAUAUUGCUGUUUGCAGUGCCAGGUUCUUGGUUUCUGUUAAUGUUUUUUGCUGGAGCUGUGCGGCUCACUGGACCAUUUGUUACCAUGAUAUACAGUAUGAUAACAGGAGACAUGCUGACUUUUGGCAUAAUUUACACUAUCGUCCUCUUUGGGUUCUCACAAUCAUUUUUCUUUUUAUACAAAGGAUAUGCAGGAGUCAAUUCAACAUUAUACCAUAGUUAUCCAUCCACUUGGAUGGCACUAUUUCAAAUUACGUUAGGAAACUAUGAUUACCAAGAACUUGGUUCAACAACUUACCCAGCCGUAGCCAAAAGUGUUUUUGCAAUUUUUAUGGUUUUUGUACCAAUUCUAUUGUUGAAUAUGUUGAUAGCCAUGAUGGGAAAUACGUACGCUCACGUCAUUGAACAAAGUGAAAAAGAAUGGAUGAAGCAGUGGGCCAAAAUUGUCAUAACCUUAGAAAGAGCCAUCCCUCAAUCAGAUGCUCACCAUUAUUUGGAAGAAUACAGUAUUUCACUAGGACUUAGUGAAGAUCCCAAUACCGAACAACGAGGUGUAAUGGUUAUCAAAUCUAAGAAUAAAACUAGAGCCAAACAGAGAAAAGGAGCAGUAGCAAAUUGGAAGAGAGUAGGAAAGGUUACGAUAAACGCCCUUAAGAAAAAGGGGAUUUCUGGAGAGGAGAUGAGAUGUUUAAUGUGGGGAAGAGAGUCUAUAAAUACGCCAAUAAAAAUAAAAGGACCAACAAAGGACCGUUUACAAAAUCCUCAGGAACCAGAUUUGACAGGGGGGUUUGGUGAUGCACUGACUGCAGCAUUAGAUGUCAUGGCAUAUACUCAUGAACUGGACAUAAAUGGAGCAGCCCAGGGUUUGAAUUUAGCUAAUAAUGUCAAACCAGUAGAAACAACUCCUCUACCAAAUAAUCAGAAGAAUAAUGAAUCAAAUACCCGAAUUACUGGUGUCGGAAAAGAAAUAGGUACAGCAAUGAUUGGUGCUUUAUCUCAGCUAACUGAAUCUCAGGGUUUCACAGAGCCUAUACGAAAUAUUCAGAAACAAACAGAAUGUUUUGAGGUGUCGGCAAAUCAACAUUUAAAUUCACUUGUAAAAGUUGAGGAUCCCCUAAGAGAACUUGUUCUGUGUUCAAAUGAAAAAGAUGUUGAUCCCGAAAAGUUGAAGUUUUUAGCACUCUCUGCUGCAAAUCUCGUAAAAGAGGAGGAGGCUAAGAAAAACAAAGGACAAGUUACGAAAAGUGUCAAAGCACUGGCAGGAAUAUUUACAGGAACUGAGAACUUUGUAAAGAAGGUUGAGGAAAACUUAAAGAAGAAAUAUGCAGCCCUAGAGCCUAGUGAUAGUGAUGGAUUUGGAGAAACUCCAUUACUUGGUAAGAUAUCAAGAAAUAGGAGAGCAAAAUCAGCACAUCUUCGCAAUUCUUCAGCCAAGUCCAAAACUUCCGAUAAGAGAAAACUUGUUAUUGAAUCAGAUUCGAGUACAACAGAUGCAAUAGAAGAAACACAAGGUUGUGAAAAUCAAUUUAACAUAGAAGAAACUGUUGAUAGAGACCAACCUCUGAGUAUAACUGAUUUUACCAUGGUCGAACAAGAACUAUCUGUAACAAUUUCAGAAACCUUAAUGGUACAAGGUAAUGGAAAUGGAACAGAACCACAAGCUGGAAAUACAGAGCCAAAAAGAAAAAAAAGAGCCAAAUCUUCGAAAGUAAACAGGGUUGGGCCCUUCACUGAUCAGAGAAAUUGUAGAUCAGCCAAGGACCAAUUUGAUUUGGAGCGUUCUGAAUCUCCCGAUCCAUUAGAACCAUGGAGCACAAAAAAUAUUGCUAACAUGAAUAAAAUAUUGGCUUGGGAACAUGAUCAGGAUAGUGUAUGAUGACUGGGUACAUAAGUAUGUUUGUGUGUACAUCAAAAGAAAAACAAUACAAAUUUUCAAAGUAA